GUAGACAAUGCUAAUGUCGGGUCGUACAAUUCAGCCUAAUUUACGACUUACGCAAGGAGGCUGAAUGUUAGAGAGCUUAUUUCUGAGCCCGUGUUAUCUCUUAGAACUAUGGAAUAUUUUGAGCCGAGACGGGAACAUUUAGAUCUCCAACAAUAACGAAACUAAGGCGAAUUUAACUCUAUUAACUAUUAAUUCGGCUUGAUCGAAAUUUUACAAUUUAUUAAAGCUAAUUCGAUUCGAAACAAAACGAAGCUAAAGACAAAAAUAAAAUUGUACAAUUUGGUUUCGGAGAAACCCAAAAACCCCCUUCACAUUAUUUUUUGACUACAACUCUGUGUACUAACUUCCUUAUCAUUUGUUUUUGCGGUUAGAGGUUGGAGUAUUAUGAUAGGUUAAUUUUGACUGUAAAAUUUGGAUACGCUUGUUCAGUAGAUAACUUAUUAUAUUUAAUUCACUUAAAACUGACCAGAGAAAUGUCCAAGCCAAUAACCUUUGUUACUGGUAACGCCAAAAAGUUGGAGGAACUUGUUGCCAUCUUGGGCGAUAAGUUUCCGCGCAAAGUUGUUAGCUCGAAAAUAGAUCUUCCAGAAUUACAGGGUGAAAUUGAUGAGAUUGCUGUCAAGAAAUGUAAAGAAGCAGCAAAGCAAAUAGACGGUCCUGUACUAGUGGAAGACACGUGUUUAUGCUUCAAUGCUUUGCAAGGUUUGCCGGGACCUUAUAUUAAAUGGUUUCUUGAAAAGUUGCAACCCGAAGGCCUGCAUCGUUUGUUAGCUGGCUGGGAUGACAAGAGUGCCAAGGCAAUAUGCACCUUCAGUUAUGCUGAAAGCGCCAAUAGUGAACCUAUCAUUUUUCAGGGCAUAACAGAAGGCAGUAUAGUUGAACCAAGAGGUUGUCGUGAUUUUGGCUGGGAUCCGAUUUUUCAACCGAAAGGCUACCAACUAACUUAUGCAGAAAUGCCUAAGGAGGAGAAAAACAAGAUAUCACAUCGUUAUCGUGCGCUAGCUGCUUUGCAGGAAUAUUUUCUACAGCAGAAAGAGGAUUAGUACGUGCAGAGGAAGGUCUUAGGACAUAUAUGCACAUAUGGAUAUGUGCAUGUGUAUAUAUAUAUAUAUAAGUUUAAACGUGCAUGAUUGUAUGGUAGUAAAAAAAAGCUAAUUAUAUUACAAAGUAAACAGCCG